CGACGCUGAAAUCAAAAACCCCUUUUGCCUCAAAACCCUAAUUUUUCGAAUCUCUCACCAAGCUUCGAUUUCAACCGCAGCAAUGGCGAAAUCAAUGAGAUGCAAGAGAGUGAAGAGAUUAAGAGCUAUCAGAAGAGAUAUAGUGGAGAAGGAAUCAUUCACUCUGACGAGAGAAGACGCCAAGAAUGCCGCUAUCGAAGCCGCACUCGCCGCUCCGAAGCUACCAGUUCGUCUACCUCCAGUUUCGCCGUUUAUGGAAGUCGCGACGCCGUCCUCUGAAUCUGCUCCUGUCUCCGCCACUAUCGCCAACGAUAUGUAUGUGGAAAUGGAUGAUGAGAAGAAAAACAAGUCGCUAAAACCUAUCGGGAGGAAGUUGAAGAAGAAGUUUAAGAUGGGGAUGAAGAAUCGCCGUAGUAAGGGUGUCCUUAGAGGCAAACGAAACUAAACUGGUUUGUUGUUUCGAUUGGCAUAACUAUGUUUUUUUCUACUCUAUACUGUCAGGUUCUUGAAUGUCUUAAGAGUAUAUCUACCUUUUGUACUAUGUUUUUCUCCUUUGAGUUGCAAUAUUAUAGAGACCCUAAAGACUUCUGAUUAUCCCUCCCCAGCUUUCAUUUUAUUCCAUCAUCACUGCUUUUUUUA